AUUCAAAAGAAAAAGAACAAAAAAGACUUUGCUUGCGAUUGUUACCGUACCAUACCGAAUUACCGAAAUUCCACUUCUGCCGGAUUGGAUCGUGAAAUUCGAGAUACAUUUUCCCAAAAUUUCGUAAUAAAUUCAAUUAAAAAAAAAACUCCAUUUAUCAACGUACAAUGGCUGCUCGUCUAAUACAAAAAAUUUUAAAGAGCCUAGGACUUAAGUCCAUUGAAGGGGGGGACGUGGCCCAAACGGUGAUUACUGCUCCAACAACUGGACGAGCCUACUCAUCAGGCGCCAAGAAGGUCACACUUAUUCCCGGUGAUGGAAUCGGCCCAGAAAUCUCUGCCUCAGUGCAAAAGAUUUUCGCUGCAGCUAAUGUACCAAUUGAAUGGGAAUCUGUCGAUGUUACUCCAGUCAGAGGACCUGAUGGAAUGUUCGGUAUCCCACAAGCUGCCAUCGAUUCGGUAAACAAAAACAAAAUUGGUCUUAAAGGACCAUUGAUGACUCCCAUCGGUAAAGGACAUCGUUCUUUGAAUUUGGCUCUACGUAAAGAGUUCAAUUUAUAUGCAAACGUACGCCCGUGUCGAAGUUUGGAAGGUUAUAAAACUUUAUAUGAUGAUGUAGACGUUGUGACUAUUCGCGAGAACACCGAAGGUGAAUACUCUGGUAUUGAACACGAAAUCAUUGAUGGUGUAGUACAAAGUAUCAAGCUUAUCACCGAAGAAGCUUCUAGUCGUGUUGCAGAAUUUGCUUUCCAAUAUGCAAGGGACAAUGGCAGGAAGAAGGUCACCGUUGUGCAUAAAGCCAACAUCAUGCGGAUGUCUGACGGUCUUUUCCUACGAUGCGUUCGUGACAUGGCUGAAAAAUAUCCUGAAGUGAAAUUUGAAGAGCGUUACCUUGAUACUGUGUGUUUAAAUAUGGUCCAAGAUCCAAAGAAAUACGAUGUGCUGGUCAUGCCUAACUUGUACGGUGACAUUUUAUCUGACAUGUGCGCUGGUCUGGUUGGUGGACUUGGUUUGACUCCAUCCGGAAAUAUUGGCUUAAACGGUGCUCUCUUUGAAUCGGUCCAUGGAACUGCCCCAGAUAUUGCUGGCAAAGACUUGGCCAAUCCCACUGCCUUGUUAUUGUCUGCAGUAAUGAUGCUGAGACACAUGGAACUUAUGGAACCCGCUGCCAAAAUCGAACGUGCCUGCUUCGAUGUUAUCAAAGAAGGAAAAUAUCUGACGGGAGACCUUGGUGGCAAAGCCAAAUGCUCCGAAUUUACCAACGAAAUUUGCGCCAAAAUCUAAUAAUUUUAAGAAAAAAAUUCUGUUAGAAAGCCAGUUUCAAUUAUUAUUCUUCGAAUAACAAAAAUAUAGAACCUCCAUAAAAUUAUAAUAAUUAUUGUUGAAUUUCCACGACCCUCCUCUAUGAAAUUCAUGUUGUCAAUUAUGUUUUUUAAGCUUUAAUUUAAUUAAUUGUAUUAUAUUAUUUAUGAAGCUAUUUGAUAUAUAUUAUUUUUUUUAUCUGAA